AUGGUGAUCGAGGGAGUAUGUGAGCCUGUUAAGUGUGAGCUCUAAUCGUGGCUAUCGUCAGUCCUAAACUUCCCCAAGGCUUACAUAUUGUUGUUAUCUCCAGGGAUAACUUAGAUUAGAAUUAUGAUUGUGUGUGUUCGUAAAGAAAUGUCUUCAUUGUAUUAAGUCAUUUAGAAAGAAACCACCUGUAUUUACUUGUUUGGAAUAACCCUUGUGGCUGAAGUGAAUGUGUAGUUUAGGACAUUGUAAAGUUUUUGUUUUCUCCAAAGGAAGCUCCUCCAAUGACUUUUCAUUUAAUUAAUCCACACAUAAGAUUAACAGGGGGAGAACUUUUAAAUGAGGUCCAUAGAACUUCUAAUGAAUUUCGUGACCUGGGUGUUAGACCACAGCUAUUGCUUCACCCCGUCCCCUUCCAUCCCUUUACCGUAAGGAAAAUAAAUAUAGUCCUACCUUAAGCCUUUCAUCCAGUCUCCAUUGUUUAACUAAUUGCUUUUAAUUCAACAACUCUUAUCUUUAUUAUUUCUGUAUUUACAUCCUCUUCUCCCCCCUGCCUCCCUUGUUCCUUUCCAGAACAUCCAGCACAGGAAGUAUGCGAGAUGGAAGGCCACCUACAUCCACAACUGUCUGAAGAGCGGUGAAACCCCACAGGCUGGCCCUGAUGGCUAUGAGGAGGAAACAUAUGGUAAGGACUGAUAUUAUAUCAGCACUGCCACCCAAACAAACUGUGUCUCCCGUUAAGAAAAUACCUCUUCUCCUGUCCUUUCCUUCAGGAGCCUUUAGGCCUGCUUUCCUCCGUCUGGGUGACGUGGUGCUUCAGUUAGUAAAGGUUGGCCGUCAUUGUGGGCCUUAUCAAGUCUGAGAGUGUAGCACCGGAGGCUCGCAGUGGCACUUGCGGUGUUGCGUCUGUGUGAGAGAGCUGAUAUUUAUUUUACGAUGCUUUUGGCCACCUUAUCCUGAGAGGAUCAGGCAGGGUGGUUUUACCCCUGUGGCUUUGGUGUAAGAAUUUAUAUAAUGUUACAAAACCUUUGGAUUGAAGGUUACAGCUGACACCCACUGGUUAAGAACAGUCUUAAAAUGUGUGUGUAUGAUUGUGUUACGUACUUCAGUUUUAUGUUGGUUUGUGUGCAUGGGCCCAUGCCUGUCUGUCGGUGUACGUUUUAACACCCUUCAGAGACUGAUACACUCAGAGUAACUACAUCUCGGACAGGAACUGAGCGUUUGGCCAGGUGGUGCGGAUGCCCCAGUUGAGCAGGGGAACAGGGGGACCUUCCUAACCACCCGUUAGAAGCAGACCAUGGCGCUGCAAAGCAGUUAGAUCACUGUGCUCCUCUCUCAACAUCUGCUGGGUGUGCUACAGUAUGUUUGACCUGAGCAGCACAUGUCAGCGAUGAAGUCAUCUCUGGAGCCCUUCACUCCACUGCGAUCCGACCCGCACACAGGCAAAAACUGAUGACGGGGCCUCUAAAUCAACGUGUCGCUACCCUGUCCCCUAUUUCAUCUCUAUUUUGUUUUCAGUCAAACAAAUUAGAAAAGUUAGAGUAUGACUGUCUGUGUAGCCUAUUAGCCAUGUUUUCAGUCAUAGUCUACUUUUGGUGUAGUUCAUCUCUUUGUGUGGGAAGAGCAACAUCCCUCCCCUCCCUCCCGAUUGUUGUGAGUGUGGGCCUCCCUCUAAGUGGUGACCUCAUGCAGGGUUAUUCCCACUAAGGUAUAACAUUGCCAAGAGAAAGCUGAUAUAUUAUACUCUCUCCUCUCCCUCGUAUUGAGUCUAACUCAGUCCACACACAUCAGAAUCUUAUCACUGCAUCUCACUGUUUCCACAUGUCUGCCAAACACCUCAGGAAGAGGGUGGCCCGCUGCUAAUCAUCAAAUGAAAAUAUGAAAACAUGCAGACGUGCUGCGGGGUGAAAAUGGAAAAGAAAAUAGUAUGUGUUUCAAUGAUGAACUGAGACUGUCAUUUGGGUGGUCGUUUUGUAUUUUCGACUAUCAUUUUGACUCUUGAGUUGGUUGAUUGGUUCUACUGUAUUUUGAUAUGAGUUUUUGUAUUCAAUUAGGUUGUUUGAGAUGCAUUUUUUCAUUUUGUUGCUUGUACUCUUAUAACCAGUAAUACUCUUUUCUUAUGUGAACACACCUUUUAUUUGACCUUUUUAAAGUAGCUUAAUGAAACGUGGGAAUAAAUCUUGCUUUGUUUAGAGGCCACAGUAACAGCAUUGUCUCAGAUACAUAUUUCCUUGACUUUCCACAUCCAAGGAGGAGGAGAUGAUUAGCAAGGGGAAAGGAAUGGAGGAAAACACUCUUGUUAAAAUUAUGGAAAGCCACUAGGAAGCAACUUUGUUGAUUAGCAUAUUUUCCUCAAGCUUCAGCCGUGGUGCUGAACCCUGGUACUGACAUGUCCCGAUGGAAGAGAGAGAGCGCCAUGCUUCCAUCUGGGUAGAACAAACAAGUGCAAGCUUCAUGCUAUGUUGCCCACCAGUCUAGUCAGAGAAAGCAGGUUUGUUUUGUAGCCAUGCCACCAAACGAUGGAAACUAGUACAGACGGAUUCAUUAACAUUUCAUGAAAAUGUCACAUCUCAAAUAACCAAGGUGUUAAGGGCAAAGUAUGGAAAGGCGUGACAUUUCGGCAGAGUUUCACUCAAAUUCAACUUCAAAAGCUGCAAAUACUCAGUCGACAUUUUCACACUGUCAUAGGCAAGGGUAUCAAUAAUGUAUUGAAACCAUUUUUGAGAGUGUGACUGUUGGCCUUUUGGCCAAGCAGAGGACUGUCAUCAGCUCAGCUCUGAUAAGAAUCAGCACAUAUGUUUCGAGGCUACUUUGUUUGAAUGUAUAUGUAAAUGUAUAAUUUCUGAGUUUGGAUAUUAGGAGAGUUUCAGUGCAGUGUAUCGAUGGUAUGUGCUUUUUUAAAACUGAAUUUAGAUGGUGUCAGCAGUGCAUCUUUUCAAACUUUGGGACAGUCUGUCCUAUGCACAAGGCAGCAGGUGACUCAAAAAUGUGAAACGACAUUCCGAGCCUGUCCACACCCAUUUAAAAUGCCCAUCACUCCCAACUGUUAUUGCCACAAAUCAAGAUUAAGUGGACCAUGGGCGAAAACUACUGAUCCGGUCUCUCUGCCUCCUUUAACCAAUUCAGACAUAACGUGAGACUAACUGCGGCUUUAUCUUUACUGUCCGUCUCUCACGUGGCUCUAUUCGUGGGAGUUUCCUCUGAUCCAAAGGGGGGGGGGGGGGGGGUAAUUUUAUGGUUUUAUCUCGGGGCAAUCAAGUUCCCACUCUGUAAGUAAGUAGGAUACAAAGCUGCUCAGUGUGUGAGAGGCUGUGCAGGCCAGGCAGGGCUAGGGGCCGGCUAGGCAGGGCUGGCUGGCCUGGGCUGUGACAGACUGGAGCAGAGCUGGGGGAGUCAGAGGAGAGUGUCUGCAGGGAAACGAUCCAGUUCCUGUUUCACAGCUCCGUAGCGCUCCAUAUCUCAGAGAGCCGUUCUGGGACCAGCCCUCCCACUCCCUAUCUGGGCCUGGCCCACUCCUUCAUAUUAGCCGUCAAUCCUCUGGGUCUCCCCAUAGACUUGCCUUUCGUAUCACGACAAAUGCAGACAUAUUGACAUAAGCCAAGACGGUUUAUUUGAGUUACCCCACCCAUAUUAUUUAACCUUGAGUCUGGGGGAAAAUGGGACAAUAGGCUAGAAAAACACAAAUAUUGGCAGAGAAAAUGGUUUUAAGACUGACACAGAUGCAUACAGUCGCGGGCGGACAAAUAUAUUGGCACCCAUGCACUUUUCUUAAAUAAUUAUCUAUUUCUUCUAAAAUAAGUUGAAAUUGGGAAAAAUCUCCGCUAGGGCUGUGGCGGUCAUUAAAUUUUGUCAGCCGGUGAUUGUCAAGCAAAUAACUGCUGGUCUCACGGUAAUUGACUGUAAAAUAACAUGAACACAUUUAGCAUCUCCUGGCUUCCCCGCAUAGCCUACAAGCCACUGAUGCAGACCAUUGGAACAUCUACAUUUAAAAAAAGUAUAAUAAAUCCAUUGAAUGUAGCCUACACCAUCACAAUAAAUCCAUUAUUUAUUUUAGACAGGUCUAAAGAAACAUGAUAUGAAGAAAAUGUAGUCUAUUGACCAUAAUGCACUACAGAGGGUAGUGCGUACUGCACAGUACAUCACUGGGGCCAAGCUUUCUGCCAUCCAGGACCUAUAUACUAGGCGGUGUCAGAGGAAGGGCCAAAAAAUUGUCAAAGACUCCAGUCAACCAAGUCAUUGACUGUUCUCUCUGCUACCGCACGGCAAGCGGUACCGGAGCGCCAAGUCUAGGUCCAAAAGGCUCUUUAACAGCUUCUACCCCCAAGCUAAAAGACUGCUGAACAAUUAAUGAAAUGGCCACCCGGACUAUUUGCACUGCUGCUACUCGCUGUUUAUUAUCUAUGCAUAGUCACUUUACCCCUACCUACAUGUAGAAAUUACCUUGACUAACCUGUACCCCCGCACAUUGACUCGGUACCACCGGUACCCCCUAUAUACAGUGGGGAGAACAAGUAUUUGAUACACUGCUGAUUUUGCAGGUUUUCCUACUUACAAAGCAUGUAGAGGUCUCUAAUUUUUAUCAUAGGUACACUUCAACUGUGAGAGACGGAAUCUAAAACAAAAAUCCAGAAAAUCACAUUGUAUGAUUUUUAAGUAAUUAAUUUGCAUUUUAUUGCAUGACAUAAGUAUUUGAUACAUCAGAAAACCAGAACUUAAUAUUUGGUACAGAAACCUUUGUUUGCAAUUACAGAGAUCAUACGUUUCCUGUAGGUCUUGACCAGGUUUGCACACACUGCAGCAGGGAUAUUGGCCCACUCCUCCAUACAGACCUUCUCCAGAUCCUUCAGGUUUCGGGGCUGUCACUGGGCAAUACGGAAUUUCAGCUCCCUCCAAAGAUUUUCUAUUGGGUUCAGGUCUGGAGACUGGCUAGGCCACUCCAGGACCAUGAGAUGCUUCUUACGGAGCCACUCCUUAGUUGCCCUGGCUGUGUGUUUCGGGUCGUUGUCAUGCUGGAAGACCCAGCCACGACCCAUCUUCAAUGCUCUUACUGAGGGAAGGAGGUUGUUGGCCAAGAUCUCGCGAUACAUGGCCCCAUCCAUCCUCCCCUCAAUACGGUGCAGUCGUCCUGUCCCCUUUGCAGAAAAGCAUCCCCAAAGAAUGAUGUUUCCACCUCCAUGCUUCACGGUUGGGAUGGUGUUCUUGGGGUUGUACUCAUCCUUCUUCUUCCUCCAAACACGGCGAGUGGAGUUUAGACCAAAAAGCUCUAUUUUUGUCUCAUCAGACCACAUGACCUUCUCCCAUUCCUCCUCUGGAUCAUCCAGAUGGUCAUUGGCAAACUUCAGACGGGCCUGGACAUGCGCUGGCUUGAGCAGGGGGACCUUGCGUGCGCUGCAGGAUUUUAAUCCAUGACGGCGUAGUGUGUUACUAAUGGUUUUCUUUGAGACUGUGGUCCCAGCUCUCUUCAGGUCAUUGACCAGGUCCUGCCGUGUAGUUCUGGGCUGAUCCCUCACCUUCCUCAUGAUCAUUGAUGCCCCACGAGGUGAGAUCUUGCAUGGAGCCCCAGACCGAGGAUGAUUGACCGUCAUCUUGAACUUCUUCCAUUUUCUAAUAAUUGCGCCAACAGUUGUUGCCUUCUCACCAAGCUGCUUGCCUAUUGUCCUGUAGCCCAUCCCAGCCUUGUGCAGGUCUACAAUUUUAUCCCUGAUGUCCUUACACAGCUCUCUGGUCUUGGCCAUUGUGGAGAGGUUGGAGUCUGUUUGAUUGAGUGUGUGGACAGGUGUUAAAAAUCAUACAAUGUGAUUUUCUGGAUUUUUGUUUUAGAUUCCGUCUCUCACAGUUGAAGUGUACCUAUGAUAAAAAUUACAGACCUCUACAUGCUUUGUAAGUAGGAAAACCUGCAAAAUCGGCAGUGUAUCAAAUACUUGUUCUCCCCACUGUAUAGCCUAAUUAUUGUUAUAUAUAUUUUUUUUACUUUAGUUUCUUAACUAUAUUUUCUUAACUGCACUGUUGGUUAAGGGCUUGUAAGUACGCAUUUCAUGGUAAGGUUUACACCUGUUGUAUUCAGCGCAUGUGACAAAUUAAAUUAGAUUUGAUUUCAGAAGAACAGAAUAGCGUACUCUUGAGUUGUCCUGAUGUUAGGCCCUGAUCUGGCUAUGCCAUAUGGCUGUGAGCUACACUAGUUCAUUUAGCAGACAAGAUUUGCUUAGAAUUCCGUGGCAUUGUUUUAUAUUAUUUUACAGUAUGAAGAAUACAAUUCAUAAUAGCUGAAUAAAAUAGAUUUGAGGGAGUGCGCACAUGCGGCUAUUCUGUGUUGAGCAGUUAACAAAAAAACAGGUACUCCUAUAUGCUUAAUUCAGAGUUAUUUAUGUAACUUUAGUUGUGAUACAAAUGUUGGGCUAUAUGUUUUGAUUUUUAAUACAUUCUAAGGCUGCAUGAUGCAACUCUAAUGAUUAUUUGAAAAUAGUUGCAUGAAAGGCAUGAGCUCUGCUUUGUUUUUUGCGCAGGCUGUUCACAAUUUGACAAGCACUUGAUAAUGCCUUGAAUUUCCGGCUGCAUCCCCUUUGUGUGGCCGUAAUGCCCUCUAAAAACAUCCAUGCCUUUUGCAGCCAGUGGCCAUUGUGCCCUUGGGCUGAAUAUAAUAAUUAUAAUUAUCUUCUCCCGGCUGCUUGCCGAAGCACCUCUCACUCACAUGGCUCUCCAUCACGUGAUCAGGUCUUUCUCACAGGCUACAAGUGAAGACCGACACAUCGGGGACACAACUGCAUGCGUCCUUAUCCAAUUCCGAGGCGCAUAUUGAAGAUAUUAUAAUAACUGUCCACAUUUACUUUUCGUCAGCCAACAAGAUGAGUAGGCCUAACGAACAGCAAAAGCACUAGCCUAUGUCAAUCUACUAUCCACCAUGGUACAAAAGUUGACCUAUUCUGUGCGAGAAAUAAAUAUUCCAGACAUAGUCUGGGACAGUUGUGGGAUGCGAUAAAUCCCAAAUGAAUACAACCACUAGCAUCAAUGAGGCAAUGAGCCUGAUGCAACAGAUGAGAACGUUUAGCUUUAAAUGUUGAUAAACUAUUAGGCUAUUUCUUCACAUUAUAAGCACAGCAAUGCACAAACUGCAGUAGGCUAUAAGCGCGAAUGUGCCAUUAGCAGGAAAACAUUCUCAAAAGUGACCACAAAUGUGAUUAUGCAUGUAAUGCUUUUAUUAUAAAGGUGCAUUUUUAUGGUGAAAAUUAUCUUCCCCAAACUUGAAACUCACGCGCUGCGUACAGUGGGGAAAAAAAGUAUUUAGUCAGCCACGAAUUGUGCAAGUUCUCCCACUUAAAAAGAUGAGAGAGGCCUGUAAUUUUCAUCAUAGGUACACGUCAACUAUGACAGACAAAUUGAGAAAAGAAAUUCCAGAAAAUCGCAUUGUAGGAUUUUUAAUGAAUUUAUUUGCAAAUUAUGGUGGAAAAUAAGUAUUUGGUCACCUACAAACAAGCAAGAUUUCUGGCUCUCACAGACCUGUAACUUCUUCUUUUAGAGGCUCCUCUGUCCUCCACUCGUUACCUGUAUUAAUGGCACCUGUUUGAACUUGUUAUCAGUAUAAAAGACACCUGUCCACAACCUCACAGUCACACUCCAAACUCCACUAUGGCCAAGACCAAAGAGCUGUCAAAGGACACCAGAAACAAAAUUGUAGACCUGCACCAGGCUGGGAAGACUGAAUCUGCAAUAGGUAAGCAGCUUGGUUUGAAGAAAUCAACUGUGGGAGCAAUUAUUAGGAAAUGGAAGACAUACAAGACCACUGAUAAUAUCCCUCGAUCUGGGGCUCCACGCAAGAUCUCACCCCGUGGGGUCAAAAUGAUCACAAGAACGGUGAGCAAAAAUCCCAGAACCACACGGGGGGACCUAGUGAAUGACCUGCAGAGAGCUGGGACCAAAGUAACAAAGCCUACCAUCAGUAACACACUACGCCGCCAGGGACUCAAAUCCUGCAGUGCCAGACGUGUCCCCCUGCUUAAGCCAGUACAUGUCCAGGCCCGUCUGAAGUUUGCUAGAGUGCAUUUGGAUGAUCCAGAAGAGGAUUGGGAGAAUGUCAUAUGGUCAGAUGAAACCAAAAUAUAACUUUUUGGUAAAAACUCAACUCGUCGUGUUUGGAGGACAAAGAAUGCUGAGUUGCAUCCAAAGAACACCAUACCUACUGUGAAGCAUGGGGGUGGAAACAUCAUGCUUUGGGGCUGUUUUUCUGCAAAGGGACCAGGACGACUGAUCCGUGUAAAGGAAAGAAUGAAUGGGGCCAUGUAUCGUGAGAUUUUGAGUGAAAACCUCCUUCCAUCAGCAAGGGCAUUGAAGAUGAAACGUGGCUGGGUCUUUCAGCAUGACAAUGAUCCCAAACACACCGCCCGGGCAACGAAGGAGUGGCUUCGUAAGAAGCAUUUCAAGGUCCUGGAGUGGCCUAGCCAGUCUCCAGAUCUCAACCCCAUAGAAAAUCUUUGGAGGGAGUUGAAAGUCUGUGUUGCCCAGCGACAGCCCCAAAACAUCACUGCUCUAGAGGAGAUCUGCAUGGAGGAAUGGGCCGAAAUACCAGCAACAGUGUGUGAAAACCUUGUGAAGACUUACAGAAAACGUUUGACCUGUGUCAUUGCCAACAAAGGGUAUAUAACAAAGUAUUGAGAAACUUUUGUUAUUGACCAAAUACUUAUUUUCCACCAUAAUUUGCAAAUAAAUUCAUAAAAAAUCCUACAAUGUGAUUUUCUGGAUUUUCUUUUCUCAUUUUGUCUGUCAUAGUUAACGUGUACCUAUGAUGAAAAUUACAGGCCUCUCUCAUCUUUUUAAGUGGGAGAACUUGCACAAUUGGUGGCUGACUAAAUACUUUUUUUCCCCACUGUAUGUAUGCCAGUUAGGCUCUACACCCAUUGUAAAGCGGAUUGUGCUUCAUUUUAAUAAGUUAUUUGUCCGCUUUAGUUGUGAUACAAACCUUAUCAAAACAUAUAGGCCUAUCGGCUAGGCUAAAUGAGGUGUGCGACUAUGAUUUGAAAAAGUCGCCAAAAAAAGCAUGCGCUGUUUCUUGACUUAAGCUGGGCAUCAUUCACAAGUGAUAGGCUAAUAUUGUCACUCAUUACACUAUUUUAGAUUUAAUCUUGUCUUUACAUACAGUACCAGUCAAAUGUUUGGCCACACCUACUCAUGUACAUUGUUGAAUAAUAGUGAAGACAUCAAAACUAUGAAAUAACAUAUAUGGAAUCAUGUAGUAACCAAAAAAAUAGCCACCCUUUCCCUUGAUGACAGCUUUGCACACUCUUGGCAUUCUCUCAUCCAGCUUCUUGAGGUAGUCACCUGGAAUGCAUUUCAAUUUCCGUCUUUAUGCGUUUGAGCCAAUCAGUUGUAUUGUGACAAGGUAUACAGAAGAUAGCCCUAUUUAGUAAAAUACCAAGUCCAUAUUAUGGCAAGAACAGCUCAAAUAAGCAAAGAGAAAUGACAGUCCCUCAUUACUUUAAAACAUGAAGGUCAGUCAAUACGGAAAAUUUCAAGAACAUUGAAAGAUUGAAGAUUCUCUGAUCUGAUGAAACCAAGAUUGAACAUUUUGGCCUGAAUGCCAAGCGUCACGUGUGGAGGAAACCUGGCAUCAUCCCUAUGGUGAAGCAUGGUGGUGGCAGCAUCAUGCUAUGGGGAUGUUUUUAGUUGGCAGGGACUGGGAGACUAGUCAGGAUCGAGGAAAAGAUUAACAGAGCAAAGUACAGAGAUCCUUGAUGAAAACCUGCUCCAGAGCGCUCAGGACCUCAGACUGGGGCGAAUGUUCACCUUCCAACAGGACAAUGACCCUAAGCACACAGCCAAGACAACGCAGGAGUGGCUUCGGGACAAGUCUCUGAAUGUCCUUGAGUGGCCCAGCCACAGCCCAGAAUGGGAGGAACUCCCCAAAAACAGGUGUGCCAAGCUUGUAGCGUCAUACCCAAGAAGACUCAAGGCUGUAAUCGCUGCCAAAGGUGCUUCAACAAAGACUACUACUGAGUAAAGGGUCUAAAUACUAAUGUAAAUGUGAUAUUUCCGUUUUAUUUUUUUAUUUUUUUUAUUUACUUUGCAAAAAUGUCUAAAAACCUGUUUUUGCUUUGUCAUUAUGUAGUUUUGUGUGUAGAUUGAUGAGGGAAAAAAAUUAUGUAAUCAAUUUUCGAAUAAGGCUGUAACGUAACAAAAUGUGGAAAAGGUCAAGGGUUCUGAAUACUUUCCAAAUACAUUGUAUAUACAUUUUACAGACACAGUAUAUUUUACAUGAGUUAUCUUGUUCUUUUUUUGUCUCACCCUUCAGCUCCACUCAACACCCUCCCAUCUCUCUCUGAACACCAUCCAGUUUUGAUUUCUAUUUGCCAUAUAUUUUUCAACUGUGCUGUGAUAUUUCACAACAGUUUCUACAAAUCUUAAAUUAAAGAAAUGUUUGCUAAGAGUAUUAUUAUAUUAUUGAUCGAUUGACUAGCAGUGCUAUUUGCAGAGUUAGCUCCAGGUAAAUGUUGCAACCAGGCUUUCUUGUGUCUCGUUCAGCAGUGGGGUUUUCCUAUGUUUACCAACGACCAACUGAACCGAACACCCUACCUAAAGUCGAACAUGGGGGAGGUUAGAUAAUGCUGUGGGGUUGCUUUGUUGCCUCUGGGACUGGCGGCCUUGAACUAGAACGAAUAGAACGGGUUUGAAGGCUCUAACCCUGGACAUUUGACUGGUAAACUCAUGGGUGCACUCAAUGGCUGCCAGUCCACCCAUUAUGCCAUCAUUGACUUGAAUGGAGACACCCUUUCUAUUCAUUCUAUUUCUAUGUUCACUGGCGGACUUAACAUUAGGCAGAAGAGGCAAUUGUCUCAGGCCUCACAUCAUCAAGGGGCGUCAUGAGCUGGGCAUAAAAAUAUUGAUUUAUUUAUUCAUGGCACAUUAAAAGGUAAUACAUUUUUUAAGUUUACUAUAAAACCCAUUCAAAAAAACAUAGGAGGGGCGCAGGGGGGGUGCUCAGACUGGCCUCCUUCUGGGGCCUCCAAAUCACUAAGACCGCCCCUGUCUAUGUGCAAGACAUCAUGAAGUCAGCAGAUUAUCAAGGUCUUUUGGAGUGCAAUGUUCAAUCCAGUCUCCAAAAACUGUGUCUGUGUUGAAGGUUGUGGAUCUUCCAGAAGGACAACCACCCCAAACACACAUAAAAAGCACCCUGGAAUUGUUCAUCCCUAGCCGCAUCCUCUGAGCAUGCGCAGACCUGCUGGCUGGUGUGUUUACGGACAUAUUCAAUCUCUCCCUAUCCCAGUCUGCUCUCCCCACAUGCUUCAAGAUGGCCACCAUUGUUCCUGUACCCAAGAAAGCAAAGGUAACUGAACUAAAUGACUAUCGGUCCGUAGCACUCACCUCUGUCAUCAUGAAGUGCUUUGAGAGACUAGUCAAGGAUCAUAUCACCUCUACCUUACCUGUCACCCUAGACCCACUUCAAUUUGCUUACUGCCCCAAUAGAUCCACAGACGAUGCAAUCGCCAUCACACUGCACACUGCCAUAUCCAAUCUGGACAAGAGGAAUACCUAUGUAAGAAUGCUGUUCAUUGACUAUAGCUCAGCAUUCAACACCAUAGUACCCUCCAAGCUCAUCAUUAAGCUUGAGGCCCUGGGUCUGAACCCCGCCCUGUGCAACUGGGUCCUGGACUUCCUGACGGGCUGCCCCCAGGUUGUGAAGGUAGGAAACAACAUCUCCCCUUCGCUGAUCCUCAACACUGGGGCCCCACAAGGGUGCAUGCUCAGCCCCCUCCUGUACUCCCUGUUCACCCAUGACUGCGUGGCCAAGCACGCCUCCAACUCAAUCAUCAAGUUUGCAGACGGCACAACAAUAGUAGGCUUGAUUACCAACAAUGACGAGAUAGCCUACAGGGAGGAGGUGAGGGCUCUGGGAGUGUGGUUCCAGGAAAAUAACCUCUCACUCAAUGUCAACAAAACAAAGGAGAUGAUCAGGAAACAGCAGAGGGUGCACCCCCCUAUCCACAUCGACGGGACCGCAGUGGAGAAGGUAGAAAGCUUCAAGUUCCUUGGCGUACACAUCACUAACAAACUGAAAUGGUCCACCCACACAGACAGUGUGGUGAAGAACACGUAACAGAGGCUCUUCAACCUCAGGAGGCUGAAGAAAUUUGGCUUGGCACCUAAAACCCUAAAACUUUUACAGAUGCACAAUUCAGAGCAUCCUGUCGGGCUGUAUCACCGCCUGGUACGGCAACUCCACCGCCGGCAACCGCAGGGCUCUCCAGAGGGUGGUGCGGUCUGCCAAACGCAUUACCGGGGGCAAACUACCCGCCCUCCAGGACACCUACAGCACCCGAUGUCACAGGAAGGCCAAAAAGAUCAUCAAGGACAUCAACCACCCGAGCCACUGCCUGUUUGCCCCGCUAUCAUCCAGAAGUCGAGGUCAGUACAGGUGCAUCAAACCUGGGACAGAGAGAAUGAAAAACAGCUUCUAUCUCAAGGCCAUCAGACUGUUAAAUAGCCAUCACUAGCACAUUAGAGGCUGCUGCUGCCUAUUGAAAUCACUGGCCACUUUAAGAAAUUGAACACUUGUCACUUUAAUAACGUUUACAUAUCUUGCAUAACUCAUCUCAUAUGUAUAUACUGUAUUCUAUAAUAUUCUACUGUAUCUUAGUCCAUGCCGCUCUGUUAUUGCUUGUCCAUAUAUGUAUAUAUUCUUAAAUUCCAUUCCUUACUUAGAUUUGUGUGUAUUGGGUACAGUGGGGGGAAAAAGUAUUUAGUCAGCCACCAAUUGUGCAAGUUCUCCCACUUAAAAAGAUGAGAGAGGCCUGUAAUUUUCAUCAUAGGAACAAGUCAACUAGGACAGACAAAAUGAGGAACAAAAAUCCAGAAAAUCACAUUGUAGGAUUUUUUAUGAAUUUAUUUGCAAAUUAUGGUGGAAAAUAAGUAUUUGGUCAAUAACAAAAGUUUCUCAAUACUUUGUUAUAUACCCUUUGUUGGCAAUGACACAGGUCAAACGUUUUCUGUAAGUCUUCACAAGGUUGUCACACACUGUUGCUGGUAUUUUGGCCCAUUCUUCCAUGCAGAUCUCCUCUAGAGCAGUGAUGUUUUGGGGCUGUCGCUGGGCAACACAGACUUUCAACUCCCUCCAAAGAUUUUCUAUGGGGUUGAGAUCUGGAGACUGGCUAGGCCACUCCAGGACCUUGAAAUGCUUCGUACGAAGCCACUCCUUCGUUGCCCGGGCAGUGUGUUUGGGAUCAUUGUCAUGCUGAAAGACCAGCCACGUUUCAUCUUCAAUGCCCUUGCUGACGGAAGGAGGUUUUCACUCAAAAUCUCACGAUACAUGGCCCCAUUCAUUCUUUCCUUUACACGGAUCAGUCGUCCUGGUCCCUUUGCAGAAAAACAGCCCCAAAGCAUGAUGUUUCCACCCCCAUGCUUCACAGUAGGUAUGGUGUUCUUUGGAUGCAACUCAGCAUUAUUUGUCCUCCAAACACGACGAGUUGAGUUUUUACCAAAAAGUUCUAUUUUGGUUUCAUAUGACAUUCUCCCAAUCCUCUUCUGGAUCAUCCAAAUGCACUCUAGCAAACUUCAGACGGGCGUGGACAUGUACUGGCUUAAGCAGGGGGACACGUCUUGCACUGCAGGAUUUGAGUCCCUGGCGGCGUAGUGUGUUACUGAUGGUAGGCUUUGUUACUUUGGUCCCAGCUCUCUGCAGGUCAUUCACUAGGUCCCCCCGUGUGGUUCUGGGAUUUUUGCUCACCGUUCUUGUGAUCAUUUUGACCCCACGGGGUGAGAUCUUGCGUGGAGCCCCAGAUCGAGGGAGAUUAUCAGUGGUCUUGUAUGUCUUCCAUUUCCUAAUAAUUGCUCCCACAGUUGAUUUCUUCAAACCAAGCUGCUUACCUAUUGCAGAUUCAGUCUUCCCAGCCUGGUGCAGGUCUACAAUUUUGUUUCUGGUGUCCUUUGACAGCUCUUUGGUCUUGGCCAUAGUGGAGUUUGGAGUGUGACUGUUUGAGGUUGUGGACAGGUGCCUUUUAUACUGAUAACAAGUUCAAACAGGUGCCAUUAAUACAGGUAACGAGUGGAGGACAGAGGAGCCUCUUAAAGAAGAAGUUACAGGUCUGUGAGAGCCUGAAAUCUUGCUUGUUUGUAGGUGACCAAAUACUUAUUUUCCACCAUAAUUUGCAAAUAAAUUCAUAAAAAAUCCUACAAUGUGAUUUUCUGGAUUUCUUUUUCUCAAUUUGUCUGUCAUAGUUGAGGUGUACCUAUGAUGAAAAUUACAGGCCUCUCUCAUCUUUUUAAGUGGGAGAACUUGCACAAUUGGUGGCUGACUAAAUACUUUUUUUCCCCACUGUAUAUGUUGUGAAAUUGUUAGAUAUUACUUGUUAGAAAUUACUGCUCUGUCGGAGCUAGAAGCACAAGCAUUUCGCUACACCCUCAAUAACAUCUGCUAAACACGUGUAUGUGACAAAUAAAAUGUGAUUUGAUUUGAGUGUCCAGCGAAGAGUCCUGACCUGAAUCACAUCCAAAACCUAUGGCGAGAGCUGAGAAUAGCAGUUGGUAGAGGGCAACCCUCAAACACUGAAGAAUUAGAGCAGUUUGCUGCUAAAGAGUGGGACAAAUAGGUAGUAGAAAGGUGCAGCAAGCUCAUUGAUGGCUGCAAGAAACAUUUGUUGGCCGUUAUCUUGGCCAAAAGCUAUGCAACCCAAGUACUAGCUCCAGGGUGCCAAUAAUUUGUCAUUUUUUCUACGUUAAAAUAAAUACAUAAAAUCGGUUCUGCAAUGUUGAAAAUCAAAUGACAAGGUGUGGAGAACAAACGUUUUUCAAUUUCAACUUAUUUUAGAAGAAACAGGGAAUUAUUUAAGAAAAGUGCCAGCGUCCAAAAUCAUGGGCAUUAAAAUGGAGUUGGUCCCCCAUUUGCUGCUAUAACGGCCUCCACUCUUCUGGGAAGGCUUUCCACUAGAUUUUGGAACAUUGCUGCGGGGACUUGCUUCCAUUCAGCCACGAGCAUUAGUGAGGUCGGGCACUGAUGUUGGGCGAUUAGGCCUGGCUCACAGUCUGCAUUCUAAUUCAUCCAAAGGUGUUCUAUGGGGUUGAGGUCAGGGCUCUGCAGGCCAGACAGACGAUUUUUACGCGCUUCAGCACUCAGUGGUUCCGUUCUGUGAGCUUGUGAGGCCUACCUCUUCGCUUAUGAGCCGUUCCUGCUCCUAUACGUUUCCACUUCACAAUAACAGCACUUCCAGUUGACCGGGGCAGCUCUAGCAGGGCAGAAAUUUGACGAACUGACUUGUUGGAAAGGUGGCAUCCUAUGACAGUGCCACGUUGAAAGUCACUGAGCUCUUCAGUAAGGCCAUUCUACUGCCAAUGUUUGUCUAUGGAGAUUGCAUGGCUGUAUGCUCGAUUUUAUACACCUGUCCACAAUGGGUUUGGCUGAAAUAUCCGAAUCCACUAAGGGGUGUCCACAUACUUUUGUAUAUAUAGUGUAUGUUUGGGUGUAAUAUAAUAUUUUCUUUAAAUUCAAUCUGGACAUUCCAAAAUAAGUUUUGAACAUAGUAUUACUUUGACUGAGUCUAAAGAAUAGGUGCCAUACCCAUUAAAUGGAAUUUCCUCCUUUUUCUGUCUCAGAAUUACUGGAUUUAAGCUUUUUCUUCUGGGAAUUGGCUCACUGUGGUAUAUAAACAUAUGGUGCAUAUCGCAGCUCAAAGACCGAGUAACUUUUUCAGAGUAACUUUUUCCCAUUUAAGUUUCACUACACACAAAACACUUGACACUUUUUGAUGUGUCUGAAUAGUCUUUUAAAGUAAAAUAUGUUUAGUCUGCUAUACAUCACUAAUCAAGUACUUUGUAUUUUAAUCUUAGGCUUCAUCUUUUCAUAACAAAACUUAGGCUAAUGCUUGGUAUGUUUGUCCACAACUUAGUGUUCCUAUAUACUGUACUGGAUGGACAUCGUUCCGUUGGAGCAGUAUGUCAGCACUCGGCACAUUGCCCCAAAGUGGCCAUUUAAUUCAUCUCAGCCAAUCCGUGUCAAGAAGCUCAAAUCCACUUCCAUAGCUGUAGGGUUUCCUGUAACAUUCCUUUCUAUCAGUGGGUGCAUGAAGGAAAAGAGUGGCCCCUUGGUGAGUCAUUCCUCCUGUUGCACAAGAAAGUGUGAGGAGAGGAUGGCUGGUCUGGGACCUGGUGGUGCACGUAGUUUAAACUUAAAGCAUACCCACGGUCCGACUCCUCAAUGAAAAAUGAACUAAACCAUGGUUUCGAUUAGAUUGUCAUAUUGCGAGUUGACGCUUUAGAAGUAAAAUUCACAUGAUUGAAAGAUAAUGUGGGAGAUGUUUGAAAGGGAUUUACUAAGAUAAAGUGUAGCAGUCUGUUGGGCUUUGAAAAGUGUUUAUAGCCUGACAGAAGUAUAACACGUAUUUAGACAUUUGCAUUUGUGUCAUUUAGCAGAUGCUCUUAUCCAGAGCGAUUUACACUUAGUGCAUUCAUCUUAAGACAACUAGGUGGGACAACCACAUAUCACAGUCAUAGUAAGUAAAUGUUUCCUUAAUAAAGUUGCUAUCAGCAAAGUCAGAGCUAGUAAAGGGGGAAAAAAAGUCAAGUGCGAGUUUUAGUUCACAAUUUUUGUAUUUGUUUUGCUGUGGGAUUAUUUAAGAUGCUCUUUGAAGAGGUAGGGCUUCAGAUGUUUUCGGAAGACGGGCAGGGACUCUGCUGUCCUAGCUUGAAUUGUUAUUGUUCCCAGCCAUAUUGUGUCAGCCUCUAAUAUUGUUGCCACAGCAAGGUAAUGAUAUAUCUCAGUGGGUAGUCUACCAGCAUGUUCAUCCGCCGAAAUAGAUUUUAUUGCAAUGUUUAUAGAUGUAUACCUCAUCAGUAGUUAACACUCAGUCUUGCAUAAGUUCUGCCUUAUCAGAUGUCCGACUUGGUAUGGGGGCAGGAUAUUGUGUCUGUUUUUAAAAAUCGGGUAAAUCUACAAUAUGAGUUCCCUGACAAAAGUCUGAGGGACUACAAACUACACAUCUUAAAAUCCUCCGUCUUCUUUUCUCUUCCUGUCUCCCCAGAUGAGGAGUAUGGUGCUGAGGGUGGAGGGGGACCGUCGUACCAGUCCUCCCAGCCUGCUCAGCCCCAGUCUCCACCCCAUUCCCAGCCUGGCUUUGGGGAUCCAGACCAGGGGCCAGGGUCCAUGGGGGGUCCCCCCUACCCUCAGGGGCCAGGGUCCAUGGGGGGUCCCCCCUAUCCCCCCACCAACUACAACAACAUCCACAUCCCUCCUGGAGCCCACUGUCCAGCCAACACACCUGCAGGUGUAGUAUGGGACCUCUACACACCACCCUGUCAUCCUGGUCACUCAGCAGAGCCUCAGGAAAUGAUACAAUACCAUUAGAAUCUAUAGGACCCAUAUGGACUCUUGAUGAAUUCAUCUCUGCAGUCUUACUCUGUCAUUACAAUCCUGAUCAGCAACCAACAGCUAAUUUGACUAAUUCCAUUGGGAACGUUUUCACAAACUUGAUGUAUAAUAGACUGGUUUUCUUGAAUUGAAGUUGAGACACAUUUUAUCCACUGGCAUAACUUGAGAACAGUUUAGCUCAAGCCCAUGGGACAAACUUUGCCAUUAUACCCGUCUUGAAUAUUUUGGCAUGGUCGACAAGCAUAGAAAAAGGGCCUAAUCAUUUUUCCUUGGCAGGUCUUUGUGAGCGGAGAGACGGUAUUGUGUAAAUGAACCCUAAUGACUGCUUUCUGUGUGGCUGACUUGGGUGUUGUGUCACACAGAAAACAGUUACCUCACACAAAGCAGCCAACACUGUCAUUUGUAACACCCCCACCAGAUAAUGACCAACUAGAUAUGUUUGUUAAUUAAUUCUCUAGUGGUUAUUGUUAAUGUCACAGGCACAUUAAAGUUGUUGUUGAUGUAAGAUGGACAGUCAAAAUGUAUUCCUUAUUGACUCAGGCUUGGCAGGCUGUGGUGCCAGAGGUCUGUCCUAGUCUGGGCCUGCCUGGCUUCACACUGCGAGGUUUCCUGUUUUCUCUACCUUUAAAGAUCAAAGCCAAAGCAAAGCCAGGGGUGAGGGCAGGGGGUCAGUGAGAGUAGGGUCCACUCUGAAGCUCUGAUGGGAUGCUUUUCCCCGGAGGCCUGUGUCCUCUGUGCCUGGGAGCCAGUGGGCUAAUCACAGAUGACAUAGGCAGGCCCUGGGCCUCUGGGAAAAAGCAUCAUAUCAGAGUUUCAGUGACUCAUCUCCACUCAGUGACCCCUGAGGUUCUCUGGUGCUAAUUGAAUCAGGGGCGGCACACUGCAGACCCCAGAACCUGCAAAACAAACACAUGAAAUAUAACUGCACAGAUUUCCCCUGUGGCCUCCCUUGUUUUUUUGUACCCAUGUAUCUGGAACCUCUCAAUGCAGCUUCUUUGGGGAGUCUAUAAAUUGAGGAGCAAAAUUAACAUUGCUCCAGAUUACAUCAAAUCUGACCUUUUUUUCAUUAUAGUUUAGCAGUAAAUCAUCCAUUUGGCUCGAGUGAGAAACUCUUUUGGAAUUUGAAUGUACUGAGGCCUGAGCAGCUCUCUGCUCUCUAACUGCAUUCAAACCACUUCUCUUCUUUAUACAUCAUAAAUUCAUAUCCCUGCAUUAGCCAACACAUUUCUUGGUUGUGGCGUAGCAGAAGUUGAAAGUGCCCUGUGUGGUUUUUCCUGGACUCUAGAGGUUCUGGGUGGACUAGAGAGAGGUGGACUGGAAUAACUCUGCCCUGUUCCCCUGUGUUGUUUACAGGAGAGCCAAUUAAACCAGUGCCUGUUCCCCGAAGCAUUCCGGCGGUCGACCCCUCACUGCUGAGUGCCACUCAGGAAGGUAAGGAGUAAGGACAGGGACGGCAUAGUACCCCCUUCCCUGGGGCUCACCUCACACACACCCCAAAACCACCACGCCACACCUGCUGUCCCACAGACCCUGACUGCUGAGUUUUUACAGCCUGAAGCCCCUGCAGCUCAUCUGAAGUUGCCAGGAUGAGAUGUCCCCCCUCUUGGCUGUGAGGAGACGGGGGGGAGGAGGAGAAGGGAGACUGGCAGGUCUCCUCAUAAAACGGUUUAUGGAAAACAGACUGUGGGCUCUCGGUUUCCAGCACUGGUGGGAAAAAUACGACCACAGACAAACCCAAAUAAUCACAGUCUGUGGCUGAUGAAAAGAAAAUGACUACAUGAACAAUUGCGGUGUCAUGGCAAUGUAGCCUUAAUAAAUGUUAAUGAAUAGAGAUCAGAAUACACAGCAUUGGGUUGGCAUGAGAGGUGAUAAUUACAUGGCUUACUCAGCAGAGUCCAGUUUAAUAGUGUUGCAGGAUGUAUGUAUGGGGGGAACAUUACCAAAAACACUGAGGCAAAUGAAACAUUUUCUCUGCUUGAAGUGUAUAGAAUAAAAGUGUCCAGUAUAAUAUAAUUUACAAAAAGCAGAUCACCCAUAAUCUGGCCUGAUCUAAUCCUAUUGAAAAUGGUUGAUUUAGAGUUUCUGUAGAUUCAACUUCUAAGCUAGGACUCUAACCUUUCAAAGCCAAGCAAAAUAAGACAAUAGGGUCUGGCUCCAGCAGAUACCUUCUCACGCCACAGACGAUGUAAGACAUACGAGAUGAGACAGAAUGGUGCGUUACCGCCACCAACAGCACGGGUGGUGAAAUUACAUUUAGAUUUAAAAUCUAGGUACUAGCUAGUGUGUUCUAGCUGUCAGCUAGCUAGCGCAUACUAGCUAGCUGCACAAGCAACCGUGGUUAACGCCCUGCACCAGAGCUAGUGCGCCGACUGGUAUGUGCGUAGCACACUAACGCCCUGGAACAAAGCUACUGACUCAAGCGAUACACAAGACCAACAAAUGUCUACAGGUUGUGCGCGCACAUACCAUUUGAGACGCGAAAAUACCAUCUGAGAUGCACGCGCAUGCGCGUUGAGGUUCUCAGACCAUGCGGUGUCAGCACGUAUUAUCUGCAGCUGGAUGCUUCUCAGAUAAGAAUAAACUUUUUAAGUACUGUAUAUUGACAUUCUCUUUCUCUAUUUGAGACAGCGUUAGAAGACGUUUUAAUAACAGUUGAGUAUGUAGUGAUGGUCUUUGACCAGACCAUUUAUUCUGCCCCCAAUAAUUAAGUGUAGUAACCACCCCUCAGAGCUGUGCAAAUCUUUCCUCAGAUGGAACUGCGUUUUCGUAGUGGUAUAUUCUGAAGGGCAAAGGUUAUAAAAUGAACAAAAUGCCCACCAGCUUUGCCCACCAGCAUCUGCCUUGACUUAACGCAAGUUUUCAGAAUCUACCCAACCUCAGCCUUACCCUAUAAUUUAAAUGGCUGGUGGAGCUUCUUGUGGCAAGCCACAAAAACAUCGCUUGCCAUGCGGCUAAUGCAUGAGUACGUUCUGCCUGUAAUGUCUCCUUUUUUUUUUUAAUGGGACAGUCACUGGUAGACGAUGCUAGAUUCUUGAAAUUGAGUCCAUGACCAUAUUUCAGUAUAUCACUCACUGUGGUUGAGGAGUGAAAAGGUAAGCGAUUAUCAUGAAUCAUGUUAUAUUAUUUUCGUACAGAUUUUGUUACGUCAGGUUUUCCUCUCUAUUUUUAAACAGCUGCAAAACGUCAUGUUUUUAUUCAAUGUCCACACUAAUAAAUAGGCAUUAACAUUCAUUUAAAUAUACACAAAAAACAAUAAUUUUGAAUCACACCAUUCAAUGUUUAUGUUAUGUUCAUGUUACCACAAAUGUGUUUUAAACCAUUUGGAAUUCAGAGGAAAUUAAAAAGGCUUAGCAUAUGUGUCUAGACCAGAGUAUGUGAAUGGAGUUGAGCUCACGGAGCUGUGCUCCAUGUCCUUUCCAACCACUUCACUAAAAACCGCUCCUCGCUCACAGGGAAAAAAAACAUUAAUUAAAAUCACCAUAUUAACCAAAACCCAUCUAUUUUAGUGACUAUCUGGACCUACCAUUGGUCCACAUUUUUGUAAUUCACCUUGAUUUUGCACCUGUGUAUUUUAACAGUUUGUUUAUGAAAAUAUUUAGCAAACUCCAUGACAGUAGCUAAAGCAAGAGGCUAUAGCAGCACACAAGUAUCCUACAAAUGCAUGCAGGGCCAGAAAUGCCCUGAGCUGGUGAAGUGCCCGCUACUUAAAUUGGAGCGGGCGAGAAGGCCGACACUCCAGCCUUUGGGCAACACGCUCCACGCUCAAGUCAAAUUGGGCACAUGCUUUGGUCUAGACCGACAUGGUUCUUUAAGAGUUAUAAAUAGUGUCUUCUAUUGAAAAAUAGUCAAUGGACUUAUGGCCAGCGUCUCAAAUUCUGGUGAUAUUGCAUAGGGUGGUUGGAUUUGUGGAAUAUGUUUUGAGUUAAGGGAUAAAUCAGAGAGCUGUGUCAGGCUGGUGUUGACUCAGACAGUUGAUGACCUAAUAUGGUGGGUCAGUGAGAGUGUAACAGGGGUGGCCUGUGUUACUCAGACACAAUCUCUCUUAAUUAAGGGAUCACAUUAAGAAUUUAACUUUCAUUUUCAAUAAUUACACUUAUCUCAAAGGAACACUUAAUUCUCUGUCUCAGCAGUUGACGUGCGCCUCACACCAGAGGACUACACCAGGGCUCAGAAGUACUGCAAGUACGCUGGCAGCGCCUUGCAGUAUGAAGACGUGGGCACGGCGGUGCAGAAUCUGCAGAAGGCCCUCAACUUACUGACCACUGGCAAAGAAUGA